AUGGAUAUAAGAGAGAUUGAGCUGAACAGGCAGCAGGCAAAUGAUCUUUUUAGACAGAAGAAGAUGAGAGAGGCGUUGAGGAUGUACGAAUCUUCGUUUUUGAAGGCAUCUGGAUGUGUUUCUGUAUCGAAUGGAGAUGCAGCACUUUACGAACAGAUGUCUCUGCUAGCAUACAACAUCUCUACUGUUCAUUACAAACGAGGCAGCUUUCUGAAGUCUUUAUCUUUUGCACUUGAGUCGCUGAAGUAUUUAGAGAAUGACAGGGCGAUGCAGCGCACAUGUGCAUUGUAUUUGAGGCUAGGGAUGGCCAGGGAGUUCAAGAGCAUAUAUGACAAGAUCGGAUCGAAUAGAAAGAGUGUGCCUGAGAUUGAGUAUCUGGUUGCAAGGAUGAAGCUAAACUACAAGACGAUUGGAAUGGAGAGCGGGCUGUCAUGGGAUGAGUUGCAUGAACUGUGUAUUAAGGUUGCGAAUGGAGAGCUGAUUGCUGCACCGGUUAUAGAGCGUAUUUUGUCUCAGGGAGAAAGCAUUCUCCUUGGCAGAGAGAAUAUUGUUUAUGUCGAUAGCGAGUACGAGGUGCUGGUUUUUGGAGACACACAUGGGCAAUACUUUGACGUACUGAAUGUUUUUAAUCGAGUGUAUAAUGAAAAGAAUAUUUUUAUUUUUAACGGAGAUUAUGUUGACCGUGGACAGUACUCAGCCGAGAACUUUGUUUUUCUGCUUUCCUUGAGUAUCCUGCUUCCGAAUCGUUUUUUCAUGACACGAGGAAAUCAUGAGCUUUCCCAGAUUAACAAGAAGUAUGGGUUUUAUGAUGAGAUGAACAGGAAAUACACAUUCAACGGGGAUUUUCUGUAUCAAAAGUUCCAGAAUGUGUUUCAGGCACUGCCGAUAGCGGUUGUGGUCAAUGAAAAGGUGUUUGUGGUGCAUGGAGGGUUGCCGGAAGAGCCUGUGAUACUUGAGAAGGUGCAAGAGAUGUACAGGAUGACGAAUUCGUAUACCGAUGCGGUAUUGAGAGGGCUGCUAUGGUCUGAUCCUGAUGAGAUUGAAGGGAUCAAAGAGAGUGAAAGAGGAGCGGGUGUUGUGUUUGGGAGGAGUGUAACAGAGAAGUUUUUUGAAGAGAAUGGAAUGGAAUUGCUAGUGAGGAGCCAUCAAGCGGUGGAUGGUGGAUACAGGAUGCACCACGAUGGGCAAGUGGUGACUGUUUUUUCAGCACCUGAUUAUGAAGGAGCGAAGGGGCCUGGCGCAUACAUAGUCGUGAAUCCGAGCGAGUUUGAUGAGAAUGAAAAGAUAGAAGUGCAAGGAUCAGUGAGGUAUGCAGUAAGGAAGAUUGAGAAAUCGGUGGGAACUGAGAGAUUGCAAGUAAGGCCAAGAAGUGAGUGA